AUGACUGACAGAACCCUUCAGCGAGCGCAAGAGCUCAUCGCCGUCGACCAAACCCAAGCCGCUCUCAACGUCCUCCAUGAACAUGUCACCUCCAAACGUUCCCGGAAUAGUCCCAUCUCCUCCUUGGAGCCUGUUAUGCUCCUUUUUGUCGAGUUGUGUGUCGAUCUGAGAAAGGGAAAAUCUGCGAAAGAUGGACUUUACCAAUACAAGAACAUUGCGCAAAACACAAACGUGGGAACGAUUGAGUUGGUUUUGAAAAAAUUCAUUGAGCUCGCCGAACAAAAGGUUCAGGAGGCUCAGGCCAAGGCCGAUCAGGUCCAGUCGUCGCUUGAGUCAGCGGCAACUGCCACGGACCUGAAUGUCGAAGACCUUGAAGCUACUGAAACCCCUGAGACUAUCCUGCUCGCUACUGUCUCUGGGGAACAAUCCAAAGAUCGAACGGACCGAGCGAUUGUUACGCCAUGGCUCAAGUUUCUCUGGGAGACGUAUCGCACGGUCCUGGAAAUUCUCAAGAACAAUGCUCGACUGGAGGUCAUGUACCAGGGCACCGCUCAUCAAGCAUUCGAUUUCUGUCUCAAGUACACACGAAAGACCGAGUUCCGUCGCCUUUGCGAACUCCUGCGAAACCAUGUGCAGAAUGCUGCCAAGUACUCCUCGCAGAUGCAUGCCAUCAAUCUGAAUGAACCCGACACCCUGCAGCGUCAUCUCGAGACACGUUUUCGGCAGUUGAACGUGGCAGAUGAACUUGAGUUGUGGCAGGAGGCUUUCCGUAGUGUCGAAGAUAUUCACAUGCUUCUUACACUGUCCAAGCGACCGGCAAAGAACGUCAUGAUGGCCAACUACUACGAGAAACUCACAAAGAUCUUCCUCGUCAGUGACAACUUUUUGUUCCACGCCGCCGCAUGGAACAAGUAUUACAACCUGCUACGACAGUCAGCAACUGCGGUUGCAUCUGGUCAGUCUCCUAAGCGUGACAACCCUGUUGUCACCGAAGACUCUUUGACCAAAGCUGCCUCUUUUGUAUUGCUCUCUGCGCUGGCAAUCCCCGUCAUCAGCACGUCUCGUUCGCGGGGCGCUUUGGUUGAUGUCGAUGAGGCGCGGAAGAACAAGAACAAUCGCCUGACCAACCUCCUCAGCAUGCCAUUUGCUCCAACAAGGGCUGGACUCUUCAAGGACGCACUCAGCAAAGGUUUGCUCAAGCGUGUUCGACCGGAAAUUCGAGACCUCUACAACAUCCUUGAGGUUGAUUUCCAUCCUCUCUCGAUCUGCAAGAAGAUUUCUCCCAUCCUGGCUCAGAUUGGCUCUGACCCCGAGAUGGAGAAGUAUGUCCUUCCCCUGCAGCAAGUCAUUCUCACCCGCCUCUUUCAACAACUCUCACAAGUCUACGAAUCAGUGGAGCUGAGCUUCGUGACCCGGCUCGCUCAAUUCCCUGCGCCAUUUGAGGUAACUCCUGCCAUGAUUGAGAAGUUUAUCAUGAAUGGUUGCAAGAAAGGCGAUCUAUCCAUCAGACUGGACCAUAUUUCUGGUAUCUUGGCCUUUGACUCGGACGUCUUCUCCUCGGCCAAGGCUCUACACCCGGGCAGCGCAGCGGGAUCGGCAGAGAGCGAAGUUGGCUCCGUCCAAAGACUCCAGAAUACUCCAGCGGAGAUUGCACGAUCCCAGUUGACAAGGCUGGCUAAGACUUUGCAUGUGACUUGUAUGUAUGUCGAUCCGUCUUAUAAUCAGGCCCGCCUAGCGGCGCGAGAAACCGCCCUCGCUCGUGCCGAGGCCGGAGCCGAACAAGAGCACCGGGAGACUCUGGAGAGACGUGUCAUCAUUGAGAAGAAAAAAGAAGCGGCUUCUGAAGCUUUCCAAAAGAGACAGAGAGAGGAAGAAACGCGUCGCCGUAUCCGUGCCCAACAGCAGGCAGAGGCCGAGUCUCAACGUCUACGCGAUGAGACUAGGGCUCGUGAGCUCAAGCGUGUUAAAGAUGAACAGGCACGCAUCCGACGUCAAGAAAUAGAGAAACAGCUGGCCGAACUUCAAAGUGGCAUGAAGAUCGAUCUCCACGACGUGAAUAUCGACGAACUUGAUUCCAAUCAAAUUCGUUACCUCAAGUUGUCACAGCUUGAAAAGGAUAAGAAAGAGAAAGAUGAGCGCAUCCGCAUUACGGCCAAGCGUCUCGACCACCUGGAGCGUGCAUUCCGCCGAGAGGAACUCAAGUACCAACAACAGGAUUACGAGAAGCAGCGAGAGGAAGACAUGAAGAUCUACGAGCAAAACAAGCAACUCAUGUUGAAGGAAGCACAGGAAAAGCACAAGGAAGGGCUCGCCCUGAAGCACCGUCUUAGCAGACUCGUGAAGGAGUAUGACGCUUUCAAGAGCCAGAUCACAGAGCGUCGUGCUGCCGAGUUUGAGAGGCUUCGCAAGAGAGCUGAGCGGGAGUUCGAGGAGGAGAAGCGCAAGCGCAUCAAGGCUUACCAUGAGGAAAAGGCCAGACAAGCUGCUGCCCAAGAAGCUGAAGAGCGCCGCAUUCGUGAAGAGGAAGAGCAUCGCCAGCGUGAGGAAGAGGAGAAGGCUAAAGUCGAGGAAGAAAAGAAACGUGUGGCUGCAGAGAGACGAGCGCAGGCCGAGGCCGCCAGGCUGGAACGUGAAGAGGCUGCGAGGAAACAGAUGCAGCGUGAGGAAGAGGCCGCAGCGAGGCGAGCUGCCCGAAAAGCCGAACAGACAACACCCGCCCCAGCACCGUUUUCUCGCGGUCCACAGAGAGAAGCUCCUCCCAUGGAGGCCCGUACUGAGUCUCAAGAUGGUGCACGAACUGCACCCCGUCUCAAUUUGGCUAGCAAAGCUGGUGGCGGCUGGCGCGAACGACAAGCCGCAAAGGAAGCCACCACAACUGUUGGCCAAGGACAGGCUGCUGUUGAGGCUGCGCCUUCAGCUGCAACUCCUGCUCAAGAGCCACCAGCCCGCCGCCCAGGCGGAUAUGUGCCACCACAUCUUCGUGAAAGCGGAUCUACUCGACCUGCGGCAGACCAUCCACCUGCUCGUGACUAUCACCCGCCUGCUCGCGACCACCUUCCACCAGCGCGCAAUGCGUCCGCUUCUCCCGCUAAUGGCGCACCAAGUGGACGUUAUGUGCCGAUGCACAUGAGAGAUAGUGGCCGCAGUUUGUCGAGAGAAGGCGCCGGUUCUCCAGCACAGGGCAGUGGUGACGAAGCAGCGCCGAGAAAGCCUGCAUCAGCAGCUCCAGGAAGGUACGUGCCUCCGAGCAUGCGCAAUCGCCAGCAGUGA